AUGAGCCUUAAUAUAAAGCUGGGGGCUAUUCGAGGUAGCUUAGGUCGUUUGAAAUGUAGUUUUAGGCCAAACAAUAAUUUAAGGCUUGGCAGCACAAUGACGAAGGUCAACGGGAAUAGUUACUUUCAAAGGUACUGCGAAAAGGACGUAUGGAACUUAGUUAACGAAGCGGCAGCGGAUGCGGCUUCUAAUCCAAAAAAUGCUAAUAGGGAGAUCAUCAAUCUCGGGCAAGGCUAUUUUACUCAUCCAUCCCCUGACUUCGUAAUUGAGGAGGCGAAGAAGGCGCUUGAUGUUCAGCCCUUGAACCAGUACGCUCCUCCACGCGGGACGCCUAACUUGGUUAAAGCGCUUACGGAUUUCUACAGUCCUAUUUACGGGAGGCAAUUGGGACCGGAAAACGUGCAGGUGACCACCGGAGCUAAUGAGGGUAUAUUGUCUUGCUUGGUUGGUCUUCUGAACGCCGGCGAUGAGGUCAUUCUUAUAGAGCCGUUUUUCGACCAGUACGUAUGGAACAUCAUUAUGGUUGGCGGUGUGGUGCGUUACGUGCCAAUGCACCAGCCCAAAGACAUUUCAAACCGUGUGACGGAGGGACCGGAAUGGCAAAUUGACUACGAAAAGCUUGCAGCUACGAUAACCGACAAGACCAAGGCAAUUAUCUUGAACAACCCCCACAAUCCCCUUGCGAAGGUUUUCACCCGGGAGGAAUUGUUGAAGAUAGGCAACUUGUGUGUGGAGAACAACGUCUAUAUUAUUGCCGAUGAGGUCUACGAGAACUUGUACUAUGGCGAUUCCUUCACCAAGAUCGCGACCUUGUCGCCAGAGAUCGGCCAACUCACACUUUCUGUUGGCUCUGCUGGUAAGUUGUUUGCGGUUACCGGAUGGCGUGUAGGCUGGGUUAUAUCUGAGAACCCUGGUCUUUUGGACUUGGUGAACAGAGCCCACACGAGGAUCUGUUUCUGCAGUCCCACGCCUUUGCAAGAAGCAUGUGCUAAGUCCCUUCAAGUUGCGUUGCAUUCUGACUACACCAAGGUCAUGAGAAAGGACUAUAUCACCAAAGCAAAGAUCCUCACGGAUGCAUUGGACGACAUCGGGGUGACUUAUACUAGACCAGAGGGAGCAUACUUCAUUAUGGCAGACUUCUCGAAAUUCAAAAUUCCUGAAGACUUUAAAUUCCCCCUAGAAUUCCAAAACAAAGCAUUGGACUACAAACUCGUGUAUUGGCUCUUAAACGAGAUUGGAAUUGUUUUUAUCCCAUGUUCUGCUUCCUAUAGUGCGGAACACUGCGAUAGUAACAUUAGUCUUUUACGCUUGGCGUUCUGUAAAGAUGACGCUGCAUUACAUAGAGCUGCAAAUAGGUUAAGGAGCCUGAAAGAGUACUUAUAA